AUGGCUGAGAUUGAGAAGAAUCCCAAGAAGAUGACCAACAUGUUUGAGAGACUAGAUGAAAGAGAUCUCCACAAUAUACUGAAUGAACUACCAAUGAAAGAUGCCAUUAGAGCUGGGUUCUUAUCCCGUAAAUGGAGAAAUCAAUGGAAAUACCUGGCCAAUGUGGUUUUCAAGCAAUCUACAGGAAAAGAAAUCGAAUCUCUUACCCACUUUAUCUCCCUUCACCGGGGAAAUAAGAUAAAGAAGUUCCAUGUAGAAUUCAAGUAUAGGCCUAACAAGGAAGAUCAAGUGAAUGAAUGGAUGAGUUUUGCUAUUAAGAAGGAGGUUGAAGAUCUGAAACUUGACUUUGAUAUGAAAGGGGACAAUGAUCCAUUGUACAUACUACCCCCAUUCAUUUUCAACUGUGAAUCAUUGGUUUCUUUGUCGCUCAAGGGUUGUGUGUUGGAGUUACCAGAUUAUAUCUAUCUUCCCAAUCUUCAUACUCUUUCUCUCACACGUAUGGAAAUUGGAAGUAGAAAUGGGAGGACAAUCAGAAAGAUCACUUCAAGGGCUCCACUGCUGGAACGAAUGAGCUUGGUUAACUGCAGUAGGUUCCGCAAUUUCAAUAUUGAUGCCUCUGAAAGUCCAAACUUGAAAGAGCUGGCUAUCAUAGAGACCAAGGUUGAUCUUGCUAGAUCCACUGGAAUGGAUAUCUGUGCACCAAGUGUUGAAAAAUUGGUCUUCUUAUAUGCUUCACCCAGGAGAGCAUAUCAUGUAAAGGAUGUAUCAAACUGCCUUGAGUUUACCUUUGCUCUAUCCGACCAGCCCCAUGAGUAUUUGUGGAAGGAAGUGGGAGAGGAGUUGUUGUCGUUGAGAUAUCAUGUUGUAUUACUCAAUCUUCUUCCACAUUUUCAACACGUCAGAGUUCUCAGAAUCUGCAAUUGGUGUGUUCAGAGUCUUUAUAAAGCUGAGGUCUAUGAUAAGACGAGGAGCAGGGUAUCCCUCUCUUGUACCAACCUGGAAAUAAAUACAUCAUUUCAGAGGUGGGAACUACCGGGAGUCACCUACAUGCUCAAAGCUUGCUCUGCCAUCGAGGAUCUGUGCUUUGUUAUGGCCCCAAAACAGAGUCAGAUCCCCCAACUGUUUCUGAAGCCAGAUGAUUUUGAAGAAAGAAUAUAUUGGAGAAACGAAGCGAAGUCUUUGGUGAUGGCCCACUUGCAGAACCUCAAAAUUAUGACAUUCAAAUUGCCUGGAGAGCGUUAUCACAGUUGGAAACUUUGGCCUCUGGACUUACGCACCUUCUUUAUGGGAAGAGAGAAUGGAGUUGAACUACUGGCAGCUCUUAAGCACAGCUCCAACAAUCAAUUACGCGUUGUUUUGUCCACUGAUAAACAGCAUCGACGUUUUCUUAUUAGGCAGUAAAGGGUUAAUCCUAGAUCCUUAUAGAACAAUUCUGGAGCAAGGUUGCAGUCAGCAACACAGUUAUUUCAUCCAUUGAAGACAAUUUUGAAAGAACAAAAUCUCGAACGUCCAGAGUAAAAUCUUCAUCCAAAAGGAUACUUGUGUGAUUUGAUAUCAAAAUGCAGAAUUUGAAUGCCACACCCCUAAUGUAAGUAUUUGAUCCCACACCCUACACUAAGUGCAAUCAUACAUAGGGGUCUCAUUUUGAUCCUUUUAUGUAAAAUCGAACAAAUCCUACCAUACUAAGACAAUGAACCGUUGUGCCCAAGCCUGAAGAUAUAUGU